AUGGCCAACGUAGCACGUACAUCUCUUCGUCGAUUCGGUACACAGACAGCACGAAAAGCAACAGUAAACUAUGCGGCGCCAGCCGCAGAGAAAGUAAAUCAAUAUGGCAUUCGAGUCUCCCAAGCACAAGGCUAUGUAGACUCGUUCACAGGAGCAAUCGGCAACACACCUCUCAUAAAACUACAUACUCUAUCUAAACAAACUGGCGCCACCGUACUGGGAAAGGCCGAAUUCCAGAAUCCAGGCGGAAGUGUGAAGGAUCGUGCGGCAUUGUAUGUCGUACGAGAUGCUGAAGAGAGUGGCCUCCUCAAACCGGGUGGCACUGUCGUCGAAGGUACUGCUGGAAACACAGGUAUUGGACUAGCACAUGUCUGCAGGUCGAAAGGCUACAGGCUCGUCAUAUACAUGCCCAACACACAAUCACAAGGCAAGAUCGAUCUGCUCAGGUUACUAGGUGCAGAAGUAUACCCCGUGCCGGCAGUAGCAUUUGAGAACCCAGAAAAUUACAACUGGCAGGCGAAACGGCAUGCAGAGCGGCUACAGAAGGAGGACCCGGAACACGGCGCAGUAUGGACAAACCAAUUCGACAACGUCGCGAACCGCAGAGCACAUAUUGAAACCACCGGUCCCGAAAUAUGGAAUCAGACGGGCGGAAAAAUCGACGCAUUCACUUGCGCCACAGGCACAGGAGGCACACUUGCGGGCGUGACAAGAUACCUAAAAGAUGUCAGUAACGGCAAAGUAAAGUGCUUUCUCGCAGAUCCACCCGGCAGCGUCCUGCACAGCUACAUACAAUCCGGCGGAAAACUGAACGAACGUUCCGGCGGAAGCAUAACAGAAGGUAUCGGCCAAGGUCGCGUCACAGAUAACCUCAAGAACGAAGUCAAGGAAUUAGACGGCAGUCUAAACAUCGCAGACGAGAAGAGUAUAGAAAUGGUUUAUCGCUGCUUAGACGAGGAAGGAUUAUAUCUUGGUGCGAGCUCGGCGUUGAAUGUCGUCGCUGCGAAAGAGGUCGCAGAGAAGAUGGGUCCUGGAAGCACAGUCGUCACGAUAUUAUGUGAUGGUGCUUAUAGGUAUGCUGAUCGUUUGUUCAGCCAGAAAUGGUUGGAGACAAAGGGUCUGAGAAACGCGGUACCCAAGCAUUUGGAAAAGUAUAUAAUAUUGCCUUGA